AAUGUUAGAGGUUUAAGAUGUAGAAUUCAUACCCAUAGCAUAUUUGGGAGAUUUACUAAAAUCAUAGACAAACCAUUUUAACAACAGAAACCAUAACACAAAGAACACCAGUUUUUUGUUAGCCUACUGUAUUAACAACUUUUAGUGAGUCCUGGUAGCGACAGAGUUAAAAAUGAAAGCAAACAUUGCAGACAUUCAUAAUGAAAGUGAAAGCUUUCUGUUUUUCUGAAGUUAGUCUGCGGAUUCUGAAGCAAGCAGUCGACGUCAAUAAGCUGUAAAUUUGAACAAACAACAACCUGACACCGAGCGCCUGAAAAGGCAAACAGAUAACAUGGAGACUGGCCCGUCCAGAACAGAAUCUGACAAAGCUUCUGAAAGUCAAAAUGCCCCUCAGAAUAUCGGGAACGGUGACGUGCAAAAUGAACCAAAAGCCUCUGAUGGAACACUCGCUGCCAGUGCAGAUGACAUGGAAGUAGAACCAGAAAAGAUGACAGACAUAUUUGUAGGAAAUAAGGUUUUUGUUCUUGCCACUGGAAAAACAUUAAAUGUUGAUAAGAAAUUCAUGGAACAUCUUAAACAACAAAAACCAGAUCUACAGGAGGUGAAAAAUGUAGCUGAGUGCGAUUACGUUCUGGUUUUCUGUCCUAUUGUGUCACGAGCUGGAACCGACAUUGAAGCGGCACUGAAAAAGCUUCAGGAUAUUGCAGGUUACAAACCUGCUCUUCUAGUGGUGCUCCAUCACACGUUUGAUAAAGAUUAUGUUGUACCAGACAGCAGCAGAACUGUAAAAAGGAAGAAUUCACUCACAGUAAACUGUCUGUUCCAUGAAGAUCAAGGAUUACUUCAGUGUAGAAUAAAUGCUGAAUCACUGACAAAAAUUAUAAGCAUUCUAAAACCUGAGGAGUCAUGGAAGAAUUUUUCCUGGUUACCUUUUUCAACUUCGUCUCAUAACCAAACAGAUAACAUGGAGACUGGACCAUCCAGAACAGAAUCUGACAAAGCUUCUGAAAGUCAAAAUGCCCCUCAGAAUAUCGGGAACGGUGACAUGCAAAAUGAACCAAAAGCCUCUGAUGGAACACUCGCUGCCGGUGCAGAUGACAUGGAAGUAGAACCAGAAAAGAUGAAAGACAUAUUUGGAGGAAAUAAGGUUUUUGUUCUUGUCACUGGAAAAACAUUAAAAGUUGAUAAGAGAUUCAUGGAACAUCUUAAACAACAAAAACCAGAUCUGCAGGAGGUGAAAAAUGUAGCUGAGUGCGAUUACGUUCUGGUUUUCUGUCCUAUUGUGUCACGAGCUGGAACCGACAUUGAAGCGGCACUGACAAAGCUUCAGGAUAUUGCAGGUUCCAAACCUGCUCUUCUAGUGGUGCUCCAUCACACGUUUGAUAAAGAUUAUGUUGUACCAGACAGCAGCAGAACUGUAAAAAGGAAGAAUUCACUCACAGUAGACUGUCUGUUCCAUGAAGAUCAAGGAUUACUUCAUUGUACAAAAAAUGCUGAAUCACUGGCAAUAAUUCUAUGCAUUAUAAAACCUGAGAAGUCAAGGCAGAUUUAUUCCUGGAUUUCUUGCCUACGUAGUAUCAACUUCAAUCCUCUAUCUUGGUUGAACUGGAGUGAGGAUUCAUGGUGGAUUUAUUCCUGGAUUUGUUCUCUACUUUCGGCUCCUAUAGGCUAUUCUUUAUCUUGGUUGUAUAGUGAGGACCAAAGCCAGAGUAAAGAUCCAGAAACAAAUGAGCAAGAUUCUGUUUGGAGGAUUUUGGUAUUAGGGAGAAAUGACGCUUGUAAAAGUUCGUCAAAAACAAUCAUUCUAGGGAGAGACGAGAUAAACCCGGCUGAUGAAUCUAUAGCUGAUUUCAUCAUCAUCCACAAGAAGGUGACUGUUGUGGAGACCCCUGACUUUUUCUCAGCAGAACUCUCUCAGGAGAAAAUAAGAAAGGAUGUCGAAGAAGCUAUCAAUCUGUCUAAGCCCGGACCCCAUGUCUUCCUCCUGAUAAUACCUGUAAAGCUUUCAGAAGACAAUAAAGUUAUGGUAGAGGAUUUAAAAGUGACUUUCUUAAAGAUGGAAGAGAUCUUUGUAGAGAGGUUCUGGAAACACACCAUGAUAAUAUUCAGUGUUAGUAAUGAAUCUCUGAAGAAGAAGAUUGAGGAGUUUAUCCAAUCAGGAGACCAGGAGGUCCAGACACUUGUACAGAAAUGUGAGUACGAGUAUGACAUUCUCAUGACUAAGGACAAUGAAGUUGGUCCUCAGGACUUAGAGUAUCUGCUGAAGAAGAUAGAGAAGAUAAAAGAAGGAGACGUACAGGACUUCUACAGUAGUGAGGUUUAUCUGAAGACACGAGUUUCGAUUGGAGGGAUUGAGAAAAAGAUUGACAAUGAACUAGAGGAUCAAGAUGAUCCAGCGAAUGAACUGAUGAGAAACAUAGAACAGAACAAAGAAGAAGAAACAAACAUAAAUGGAAAGGCAGAGCAAGAAGAGUCAGAGCAAAGUCCAAAAGAGAUGGAAAUUGUUGAAUAUGACAUGGCGCUUUAGAAGGUGAAUGAAGAGUGCACAGAGACAGAGGGGAAAGUUUGAAAUAUAGACUUUCCUGUCUGGAAUCUGUAGAGAUUUUUUAAAUUCUAGCAUGAAGAUGCAAGAAGAGAUUGAAGGAAAGGAUUAACAAAUCAAGGGAGAUAAUACAAUCUAUAGAGAAUUGCUUGACAAUUUUCUUUUUCCUGGCGAAUCUAAAAAUAAUUGUAUUCCUGGUUUGUAAUGCUAAAUAGUAAUAAUAACAAAUAGAUUGCAGCGUUAUAUGUAGUAGAUAAUGAGUAAUCAUUGUAUUUUACUGUCACUGUCAGACGUUUUAGCUUUGCCUUGCACUAAAGCUCUAUAAAUUAGAAAAUGCUACCAGUUCAGCACUGAAUACAUUACAUGAUAUUUCUCUUGUGAUAAGUCACUCUGUAUCUCAUUAUAUACUGCUUAUAACACUUAUAAACACUAUAAACACUCUAUUGUGAUGUAAAAUCGUACAUAUAUGAAUUCUGUGUCCAAUCGUUGUCUCCCAGUCCAUCUCGUACUCUCCAAAACUCUUGCCUUUGCAAUAUACUAAAGUGUGUAUCGGAUAUUGAAUAAGUUUAAAAUAAACAGAGACUGUAAAAAAAAAAAAAAAAACAUUUGUAAAUGUGUUACUUUUGCAUGUUCAUAAAUUUGCAGUCAUGAUAAUAAAGGAUAAUGCUCCAAAAUUUA